CACUAACUAAUCGUGGUGUUUGUACCCUAUGUAGUGUACUAUAUGAGUCAUUUGGGGACAUUUGGGAUUAAACCCGGGUAUGUUGUCAGCGGUUCCAGUAUAAACCUUAUAUGGUGGCUAGUCUCUCUAAACGCUAAGGCUGUGCAAUACUGGCUCGCGCCCCACGUCUCCUUGAUGUCGAAGCACAAACUCUUCCUGCUGCGGCAUGGCGAAGGAGCGUGGAACAAAGAGAACCGCUUCUGCAGCUGGGUUGACCAGAAGCUGAGCGAGAACGGAGUCCUAGAGGCUCAGGAGUGCGGCCAGAUGCUGAAGCAGCAUGGCUACAAGUUCAGCCGUGUUUUCACCUCGAUCCUCAGCCGCUCCAUUCAGACAGCGUGGCUCGUGCUGGAGGCCAUGGGCCAAGAGUGGGUGCCCAUCACCAAGUCAUGGCGGCUGAAUGAACGCCACUACGGCGCUCUGAUCGGCCUGAACCGGGCUGAGAUGGCGCUGAACCACGGUGAGGAGCAGGUAAAGCUGUGGAGGCGGAGUUAUGACGUCACUCCACCCCCCAUCGAUGAGUCCCAUCCUUACUUUGCGGAGAUCUACAAUGACCGGCGGUAUAACACGUGCGAUGUGCCCAAAGAGGAGCUGCCCAAAACGGAGAGCCUGAAGGAGGUGCUGGACAGACUCCUGCCUUACUGGAAUGAUGUCAUCGUUCCUGAAAUUAAGAGUGGCCAAACUGUCCUCAUUUCAGCUCAUGGAAACAGCUGCAGAGCCUUGCUCAAGCAUCUAGAAGGUAUAUCAGAUACUGACAUUGUGAAUGUCACUCUACCCACUGGAGUACCGGUUCUGCUGGAGCUGGAUGAAAAUCUCCGACCGGUGAAGCCUCGAGAGCUGCUGGGAGAUCAGGCCAAAAUUCAAGCAGCCAUCAAAAAGGUGGAGGAUCAGGGGAAAGUUGUUGAGGGAAAAUAAAUGAAUUUUUUUUAAAUAUGGCGAUAGGUUUGAGAAAAAUGAAGUUAUAGCAAGUUCUUAUUUAUAAUUGUGCACUGAACAGGAGAAUAGUUACACUCUGCUGUACACCUUUGGAUAGGUACUGGUUUUAGUUUUGUGUUUUGAUAAAUCCAGCAGAUAUUUCAACCAGGCUGAUGAAGACAUGCAUUCAUUUACUUGGAUUCAUUUACUUUUUUUGUAAAAGAUUAAGAGAAAAGUGAAUUAUGUAAUGUAUAACUUAAUACAAUGGCGCUUAACCAUGGUUGCAGAUGUGUUUUUAGAGAUUACUGGUCUAACUGGUCUGAACUGAAGUCUAGCUAUGCUUUUGUCUUAAUUAAAAGAGAGUCCAGGAUCCACCCAUGUUUACAUUAUUUGCUUUUUAAAAAAAUGCAUGUGUCCUACUCGGAACUGUUAGCAGAUUCAGUGUUGUAGAAAUUAUUUUAAUAGUUGAUGCACUUAAAUAUAAAAUGUACCUCAAUGUUACUACUAGCCAGGGCAGUUCUUUACAAAAAGUGGAACUGGGCCUUUUGUACCCCGAUGGGCCCUGGUGUCUGAUUUUCCUUUCUUUAGAGCUGUUGCCAGAUUUUUUGCCAAGACAAGACCAGUAAGCUCAAACUAUAUACUGUGUAUAAGGAAUAAAUCCCAACAGGGCAUUCUGUUAUAGGAAAAUAAUCAACAACAGGGUGAUGUGUUAUGGAGACAUACACUAUAUGUCCAAAAGUAUGUGGACAUCUGACCAUCACACCCAUAUAUGCUUGUUGAACAUCUCAUUCCAAAAUAAUGGGCGUUAAUAUGGAGUCGUUCCCCCUUUGCUGUUAUAAUAACCUCCACUCUUCUGGGAAGACCGCUAGAUUUUGGAGCAUGGGUGUGGGGAUUUGUGUUCAUUCACCCAUCAGUGCAUUAGGUCAGGCGAGGAGGCCUGGGGCACAGACAGUGUUCCAGUUCAUUCCAGAGGUGUUCAGUGGGGUUGAGGUCAGGGUUCUGUGCAGGCCACUCGAGUUCUUCCACUACAAACCAUGUCUUCAUGGAGCUCGCUUUCUACACAGGGGAAUUGUCAUGUUUGGGUCUCUUAGUUCCAGUGAAGGAAAACUGUAAUGCUACAGCAUGCAAAGACAUCCUAGACAUUCAUGUGCUUAAAACAUUUUUUAGCAACUGUUUGGGGAAGAACCACAUAUGGGUGUGAUGGUCAGGUGUCCACAUACUUUUGGUCAUGUAGUGUAUUAAAUCAUAUUGCUGUUGCCUCGUAUGACACAAGAGAAUGAACCAAAUCAUAGGCACAAUUUUAUUAAUUUGAUAAAUUAAGCAGAAAAUAAAUUAAAACAUGUGCUUAGAUUACAAUUUUAUGACCUUCAUUUAUUAGCUUGUUGCCACAUUAAAUCCUGUGCAUGUUUUGUUACGUUUUAUAAAUGGAAAAUGUCUUCCUGUCCUCUCUGGGCUUCAGUCCCAUUGUCAUUAGUCACCUACUGACUUGCAGUAUCAUGGUUUCAAGUCUCAGUAUAUAUGCUUUUCUACUGUUUCUUGGCGCCCAUCUGGGGAAAAAAAAAAAAAAAAAAUCCAAGUUUUUCUGCAUAGUCUUGGCAACAAGUCUCACAACAGCUGAUGAGUUAAUGAACUGAAAAGUCUGGGAUCGUGUUAAUUCAUCAACAGUCCACUCCCACUAACUCAGUAAACCAUUAGGAAGAAUGAGGCCCUGUAGAUGUUUGAUAGAAACAUAGCCUGCUGAUAUUUUUUAAUUAGAAACAGAAGAGUUAAAACGUCUCUGGCUUUUGAAACAGUGACUCUUGUGUUCAUUCGUGUUAAGUUUUGAGAGGUAAGCUCUGCACUGUGAAAGUGGAAGCCACUCUGUUUUAGUUACUGAAAAUUCUUGCACCUUAUAUUAGCUAGCAGAUACACACAUACAGUUACAUCUUAUAUUAUUUCUUUCUUUUUUUAGAAAGAGUGUAUUUGGGGUUGAAAUAUAUUUUAACUUGAAGUGAAUGUUGAAUUGAAAGUGAGGUAUCUCUGUGAUGCCUGAAAGCCAAGCUGUACACACACUAGGCAGUGUUUAACCUCAUGUUUGUUUUAGAAUGAAUAGAUCAUUACAGGCUUCAUUUGAAGCUUUCUCUGUGUUCAUUGUGUAUUGUGUGGUUUGUUUUGUGUCUCUGUAACCUUCUUGUCACAAAUCACUGUACUGUGUAAAUUAUAGUCUAAGGGCAUGUUUUUCUUUUCUACCACAUGUCAUCACUACUCGUAUUUACUACAUCUCUAAUGGUGCAGUAUAAAGCGCAGUUUUUGUGUUAAAUGAAGUAUAAGCACGCAUUAUGUAACGCUUUUUUUAUUCAUCUGAAUGUGUAUUGUGCUCUACUGAACUGUGGUGUGAUCUCAUGGGCUUCCACAGAAUUAAUAAGCGCUUAUUUAAAAAAAAGAAAAAGAAAAAGCAAGAAAAUUAAUUUACUUAAAUAUAUAAUUAUGUAAUUAUGUACUUUGGAAGUGUAAAUGGAAAAUCCAAGUUGAAUAAAGCUAGUUGUCCCAAAUGUGUUUAAA